UAUCUACCUUUCUGUGUGGUCAACAGGACAACCAGUUAUCGUCGGAGCACUAUCUCUCCGCACAUCUCCGACGGCGGAUGUUCUGCUCCGACUUGCCUUACAGCUCCCAUUUGUAGACGGCCGUCGCAUGCAGUUGCUAUACACCCUCGGCUCUUGUGACACAGAGGGAUCGCUAUUUUGCCUGCCACGCUUCAUCGCGUGACACUCGUCGUGUUUCCCCAUAGAAAGGCCCCUUGUAAGGAAGGUCCUUCUAUCGCAGCAAAGACUCCGACGUUUGCCAGCUUUGAUAAGGCGUACUUCUGCCAUUGUGUCACGUCUUAUUGCAGGAAGAACGGUCGCUCGCUUCCGGCUUUUGACCGAAAGCAGCUGCGAACACCCCUUUGCUGAGAAAGCGUCGCUGCAGGUGGACUUGUUACGCUGCGCCUGUUUGUGUGUGCGCACGCGCGUGUGUGUGUGUGUGCUGAAACGACUGCCAGCUUCGUCCGACUGCACUCUAGCCAUUGUUUUCCCAUCUCGUCCGCCUGCCUCCGAAUUGUCACCCGAAGCUGCUGCGAACGCUACUUAGCCGAGAACAACAAAAUUCAGCGUGAGGGUUCGCACUGGGGAGUGGAGGAGUCUGUGUUCCACAUCUUUAGCGUGUACACACCGUGAUUGAACCUAAAAUGAGGACGUCGUGGACACUGUUCUUUGCGCUCCUGUUUCUGUUGUGGAGCCUGUGGAACUAUUUGACACCGCUGCGGGAGAUAUCGGUGAUCAUUGGAUCCGUGUGGGUUGCACUGUGGGUCUCCUACAAACUGUCCGGUCUCGUCUCGACCGCUUUUGUGAGCGAGGUGUGCGGAGAGGGCAAGGCUGUGCUCAUUACCGGCUGCGACACAGGUUUUGGCCACAGGCUUGCGAAGCGGCUAUCCCGUAAAGGUUUCAUGGUGUUCGCCGGCUGCCUGAGCUCGAAAAGUGACGGAGCGGCGGAACUUAAGCUCCUCCCCAACAUAAACGUCUUGCAGCUCGACGUCACAGAUCAAAAGCAAAUCGACGACGCCCUGGACGCUGUGAAGGAACAGCUGGACAGCAGAGUUCUCUGGUCGGUGGUGGCGAACGCUGGAAUCGGAACCGGCGGUCUCCUCGAAUGGCUGACGACGGAAACAAUCGCCAAAGUCUUUGACGUCAACGUUCUUGGAACUCUUCGUGUCAUCAAAAAAUUCCUGCCCCUGCUGAGAAAGAGCCAAGGCAGAGUCGUCACGUUGGCCAGCCCCCUAGGCCAUUUCACGGUGCCAAUGGUGGCGCCGUAUUGCAUGACGAAGCACGCCGUCGUCUCCAUGAUGGAUGCUUUCCGCAGGGAGUGCAGUGCGAAGGGUGUCGACAUGGUCACCGUAGAGCCUUCCGCGUACAGGACCGGAAUCGUCUCGAUGUACAAUGUUCCCAAGGAGCACGUGAUGCUGGAGUUGCGGAAACAGCCUGCCGAAGUCAUCGCAGACUACAGCGAUGCAGAAAUCGAUGAUAUGCUCAGGGUUAUGGACAAGUUCACCCAAUUACUCAUCAGGGAUGACCCAGAGGAGUGCGUCGACAUCUUGGAGAGGGCAGUCAGGGAGACACACCCAAAGACACACUACCAGUCACCCUGGGGAUUAGACCAACUCUACCCAUUACUGAUCUUGUCUCUGCCAAGCGAGGCCGCCGACCUCAUUUUCAGUCUCACCAGGAGACUGCAGCUAAAGAUGUUCUCAAGAUCAACCCCGUCUAAAUCGAUCAGUCUAAAUGGACACUAAAAAAGCAACUCUAAACUAUUUUAUUUUAGUAAACACUUAUUUAAAAGCUGUUUUCAUUCAUGUCGCCUAAAAGGCCUUGCAUCUAGUGUAGGUAUUUAAGGUGGAACUUCAGUUCUUUUUUUUUUAAUUCGCAUCAGAACCUCCGCGGUGGUACAUGAUCCGUGCGACGUCAUGGAUCGAAAAUCAGUUCUUGUAUAUUGGAUGUCCUGCGCAGGAAAACUUUUCGAAACAUGUUGUUUGAUCAUUUCGUUCCUUUAGAAUGUAAUAGAACACCUUGUUUAUCGAUAAACAAUGAACAAGGCUCGGGUAGACGCUGUCGAAAUGUUUGACUUCACAGCAAGUUGGUGUGAGAAUUCCCGUACAGUGAGUAAGUACCGUAGGCUCUCUUUAAAUGGUGCCUCAAGAGAGCCGGGAAAUAAGUAGCGUUUAUCAGAAGUUGCAUUUACCGAGAGAUUGAGCUGAAGAGUUGACAAGAUGCUAUUUGAAAGGGGCAAAUACUUUAGUAGUAGGUGAAGUUUUCGAGCGCACCUUUCCGCCCUCUACAAGAACUGGGGUGCUAUUUGAGCAUUGUCAAAUUCGACCUCUGGUCAGCUCUGAAGUGCCUAAAAAAGACUUCUACGGCCUUCGUGAUUGGCUGAAGAUGCCGCCGUAACAAAAUUCCACAGCAUGGCGGAAUUACACAAUGUCCAGAAUCGAACCCUUGCGUCGCAUAGCUAUUGAUAGGGGCGUGCACGCCCCUUUUACAGCGUAAUCUGUCAUGGGCUCAUUCCAAUAGCCAUUUCGGGUCGCGAUGAUGCCGCCGCCGGCGGCCGCGUAACCGCUAUCGCAGGAAACGCGAAAAAAGUACCCGAUUCCCGCCGGGAUCGAACCUGCGCCCGCUGCGUGGGAGUCGGAUACUCUACAACUGAGCCACGCAAGCUUUUUUUCUUUAUUGCCGUUUCACAAACACAAACAAAAAUUAUCAGAUACACAUGGACAUAUUAUAAAUACACCAGCUACAACUCGGCCGGUGU